AUGUUAAUACAAAUAGUGAAGGCAUUAGUAAAUACAAAAAAUCUUCUAAUGGCAAUAUUGAUUAAUGAUGAUACCACAAGUGAUGAAACAUCAACAACAAAAUUAUUAUUAGGCAAUGACAGUAGUAGGCAUAUUGCUAACGUGUAG